GCAGGACGGCUCUGAAUGGGGGGGCAGAGUUGCAAAACCAAGCGGACAGUCUCAUUGAGAGGGCGUGCCACGAUAUUCCGCGAGCUGCGACGCUAAAGCUGGCGGAAGGGGCGGGGAGAUGCAGGCCACACGUCCCACGAGGCCGAGUAGGCCGAAUAGGACCUCCUUGCCGGAGGCUGUGAGGCAGAAGCUGAUGGAGAUAAAAGGCAAGAUCAACCAAGUGGUGGGCUCUUCUCGUGACGAGCCAUCCCAUGGAUCCCACGGAUCCCAUGGUGGCCGAGCCACGCCCUUGAAACGGGCAGCUUCAGCAGGCCCCCGCCCAGGUGCUGUCACUCCACCUCCGCCGUCCAGGCCACACACUGCUUCCUCGACUCGGUCGGCACAAGCGAGAGAGUUGGGCCGCCCGGCCUCAGCGCAGUACAUCCCUCGCCCUCAGUCAGCUCGCCCCCAGUCAGCUCGCCCCCAGUCAGCUCGUCCGCGGGUCGAGGUGCAGGAGCCCAAGCUACACACGGACUUCCAGGGCUUGUUGGAGCUGAUCGGUGCAAAGGCAGCUGCGCGGUUUUCAUCGAUGCAGCAAUGCUUCAGAAUGUUGGACCUGGACCACAAUGGCCGGGUGGAGAUCGGCGAGAUCAAAGAGCUUCUGCGUAUUUUCCACCUUCCAGAGGAGGCCGCGGACCAGUUCUUUUGCUACUUGGACCCGGAGAAGACCGGCUCGCUGGACUUUCAGGUGGUGGCAGACGUGAUAGGUCAGUUCAUCAAGCCUGGCUACAGGAACAGCGUCGUACACCGCAGCCCUGCCCCUCAAGCAGACGAAGAUGGAACCUCAAAGGUGCUGCCGCGCUUCGCUCAUGUUCAGGUGACAGGGGGUGAGGUCGACUUGAAGCAGCUUGCAGAGAUUGUUGGAUCAAAGGCUCGCGCCAAGUUUGCUAACACGCGCAAUGUCUUCCGCGGCCUGGACGAAGCCAGGAACGGAUUUGUCACACGCCCUGAAUGCAUCCGUUUCAUGGAGACCUAUGGCUACCCAUCCUGUGUCGGCGAGCAGGCCUACAACACCCUGCUCCACGAGGGCCAACACCAGGUUGACUUCUCCACAUUCGUGCGAUUCUUUGGGCCGUACAUCCACCCACGGUUUGAAGAAUUGGCGCAGCAGCAUGAGAAGCGUCACCCCGCACCGGCCGCCCCGGUGGCUCGAGCUGCGACGCCUGCGUCGGCGCGCUCGGUGUCCCGGAGGCCUCCGACACCAGGUCCAGGUCGCGCACGCAGUGCUCGCAGUGCGGCCAGUGCACGCAGAGCCUCUGAAGCACGCCCAGUCGCUGGACAGCCUCCACAAUCUCCACUCAAGGUGGAGGGAAGCACUGUGGCAAAGGAAAACGAGCGUUAUGAGUACUUCAGCGAUGCUGGCUCUACCUCUGCGGGCGCCAGCGCUGGAUCAUGCCUAUCAUCAGUGCCGAGCACAGGUGCAAGCACGGAAAGACUGAUGCGGAGGUCAGUUCCAGCUCCUCGAGGAGGGCGGCUUCUUGGCGACGGCAUCAACCGUGCACUCAGUAGGUCUGUGGUUUGGAAUGGCAACAACUCCCACGCAGUUCUUCAGCAAAAGGCACGCCCCAAGUCGCCAAGGGAUCCUCCUGGUCCUCCAGCUCAUGUGCAGUCAACGCAGAUUCGUGGGCCCCCGCGGCCGCCAUCCAGCAGGAGGCCGCACACAGCCAAAGCACGGCUGGAUGCGCAGUGGCAGGCAUCCGAGGACCUCAAGAAGUCGGCAUCCGGGCACUGCCUCCACUGUGGUAGGAACGAUCAGGGCCAGAUGUCGGCUGAGUACCUUUGCGACAACAUGUCCCACCAUUGGGGAGUCAUCGCUUGACGAAGACAGGAGGAGGCCCGGGGAGCUUCUCGGUGGCCCUUGAGGUCGUGAGUUGUUGCUCGCUGCCGACUCCCGAGAAGACUCAGCUGCAAUGGCCGAUGGCCGGCCGGAGAUGCGUUCUGAAGCAACUCGGUUUGUGCAAAUGCACCCACGGGUUGCGGGACCGGGCCUGGCCGGAGCUUUUGUGCAAUAUAGAGAAUUGAGUGGCAACAUGCCGGCACUCGCAA